CUUGCCAUUCGGCCUCCACCAGGGGGCCAUGGAAUCUCGUACCAGCUGGAAAGAUUUAAGGUGUGGAGUCUGAGUAACAGUGUGUUGUCCCUGAAUGGAAGGGUGGCCCUGUACUUACCUGACCUCUCUAACCAGAUCAACCAGGCUAUCAUUGAGAAUGUCGACAUAGAGCUGUUUGAAGGUGCCAAUGUGUUCACCACCCACGAGUCUGAAGGGUUUGUGAAGACAAACAUAACCUCAGCUAGUCUGUUCCACCAGGCUGACACUGUCAUUGUUAAAAACCUGGAGGAGCCUGUCAGUGUCUUCCUGGAUACAUCCAAACUCAACACAGCCCUGGAGACUCAUCGUGUAACCAGUGAGACGAUCGGCAGGUUUGGGUACUUCUACCAUCGUGUUGUACUCAAUGAAACUGGUACAACCAUAACCCUACUGAUCAACACUUCUGACCCAACCUGUCAGUAUGAGCUGUACUUGAGCGAGAGUUAUCUCCCCUCAAAUGACACUUACAAUAUUUCCCUGAGGCUGCCUGACUCCUACCCUCUAACCCCUGUGGAUGCUGUGUUACCUGCAGACAUGGUCAGAGACUGGAGGACACAGAUCACCAGAACCUUUUUGUCAGAUAACAUUACAUUUAUAACCUCAGAGAACAGCACCUGGCAUCUGGGCAUCCCUCUGGACAAAGGUUUUACCAGUUUUGAGAUCAGUAUGCUGUCUGGUGGCUGUGCAUUCUGGGAUGAGAGGUUGUUGGAAUGGUCUCUUGAAGGCUGCAAGGUUGGCCCCAGAAGCUGGACCACUGUGCUGGAGUGUCAAUGUACUCACCUCACCACAUUUGGUGGGAACUACUUUGUGCCCCCGAACUCCAUCGACUUCAGCACGGUCUUCUUAAAGUUCCAGGAUUUGGGCAAUAAUGCUGCAGUGUUCUCAGUUGUCAUAGUAACUUCCCUUCUCUAUAUCAUUCUCUUGUUCAUACUGAGAAGACUGGAUAAGAAAGACAUGGCAAAGUGGACAGCAGUUCCCCUGAAAGACAACAUGGUGUGGGAGAAUUACAGUUAUCUUCUCACAGUCUAUACAGGAAUGAGGAGUGGAGCGGGCACUAAGUCUAAGGUCUACUUUGUCCUGGCAGGGGAGUCUGGAGAUACUGAGAUACGAGCCUUGGAAGGUGUGGAGCCGAAGGUGCUGAGUCGUGGCAGUGUGACUAGCUUUAUCAUGGACGUCAGUGAAAGUCUAGGGGAUAUAUCUUACCUUCGCAUCUGGCAUGAUAACUCUGGUGAAGCUGAAAAUGCUGAUUGGUUCUUCAAGAUGAUGGUGGUCAAAGACAUGCAGACUGGCAAAAGUUUUUACCUGCUGUGUGACCACUGGCUGGCUGUGAACAGAGAAGAUGGUCAGAUAGAACGUCUGAUUCCUGUGGCCUCCAAAGAGGAGCUGACUGCCUUCCGUCAUCUGUUUUACUCUACGGCUCGCCACGAUCUACCCGAUGACCAUAUAUGGGUGUCGCUGUUUACUAGGCCUACAAAAAGUUCAUUCACACGUGUCCAGCGACUCUCCUGCUGUAUGACUCUGCUGUUCUCCACGAUGAUUGCCAAUGCCAUGUGGUACCAGCAGGGAGAGCAGGUGAACUCAGCCCAGGCAGUUCAUAUUGGACCUCUGGUGUUUACCAUGCAAGAGCUGAUCACAAGCUUCCUGGCUAAUCUGGUCAUCUUACCCGUCAACAUACUCAUUGUGACAAUAUUCCGUAAAGCCAGGCCUAAACCUGUCAAAAUCUCCAGUAAGAAAGGGAAGAAUGUGAAUAAGAUGAGCCAAAGCGUCUUCACAUUAAAUUCACUGUCCUCUCUGUCGUCGGGCACAGAUAAGAUACCCGUGAUGCACCUGAGUGAAGAGACUAGAUCGGUGACCAGUCCUUCACCUGUGGAGAAGCAGGGGGCUAAGAAGGGCUGUUGGUUACCACACUGGUGUAAUUACAUUGGCUGGGGGAUAGUGUUUGUGACCAUCAUAGUCUCUGGCUUUUUCACCAUUCUCUACAGCCUGGAGUGGGGAGCAAAGAAAGCUGGAAAAUGGCUCACUGCAUUUCUUCUGUCUUUCGUGGAAUCUAUUCUACUGAUUCAGCCACUGAAGAUUGUGGGAGUGGCAAUCAUCUUAUCCUUGUUGUUCAAAAAGCCACCUGAAGAGGAUUCCGCUCUCGUUGAUGAGGAUAAUGUGGAAGCAAGUAACAGAUAUGGUACCAAAAAGCCAGAUCAUCGCAGAAAAUAUGUUGAAAAACCUCCAAAUUUCCCUGACCUUGAGAAAUCGAGAGAAGAGCGCAGAAAAAGAGCACGCAUGUUCUCCAUCUUCAAGGAGAGUUCUACGUAUGUGGUCUACCUGAUAGUUCUGUGCAUCCUGGCUUAUGACACCCGUGACCCUAACACAUACCUGAUCACUGAGAGUGUCAGGACAAGGCUUGUGGAGGGCAAAUAUGGCUUCAACAAGAUUCAGGAUUUGAGAAUGUUCUGGAACUGGUCAGAGAGUGUGCUGGUGCCUACUCUGUUCUCCCCACACUGGUAUAACGGGGAGGGCAAGGAUGAAGAGAACCAGCUGCUGAUGGGGGACGGGGUGCACUUUCGUCUCGGUCCUCCACGUCUCAGGCAGGUCAGAGUCACACAAGAAGAGUGUAAAGGUUUUGCCACUCGCCUCACUAAUAUGUGUUAUGGCCCAUACGGCCUGACUAACUAUGAUGAUACAAACUACUCAGAGAGCUGGGGGCCUGUAGGGAAUCUGACAGACACUGGACCUAUUAAAUCCCCAUGGACGUAUCAAGACAUGCUGUCAUUGGGUGGCACUCCCGUGGCAGGUGACAUUUCCACAUACAGCGGGGGUGGGUACCUGGCGGAUCUUGGUACAACAGGAGGCAUGGCAUCAGCAGCUGUGGCUUACCUUCAACAGAAGAACUGGCUUGACCGACACAGUAGAGCUGUGUUUGUGGAGGUCAACCUGUACAACCCAAACGCGAACCUCUUCUGUCUUAUCUCCCUUAUCCUGGAGCUGCCACAUUCAUCAGGAACUCAUCCUUUCAAGCUCAUCAAAACCCUACGCCUCUACAACUACAUUGGACCUAAAGCAAUCAUACGAGUCAUCAUGGAAGUGACAUUUGCUGUCUUCACGCUGUUUUACCUAGUGCAGCUCAUCCAACACAUCCGUAAAGAGGGGAGACAGUACUUCAAAAGCUUCUGGAACACUGUGAAUGCCAUCAAUGUAGUGGGAGCUUUAGUGGCCAUUGGAGCCUAUGGAGCGCACACUGUCUUCGCCAAAUGGAAACUCAGCGAGUUUCAUGAAAAUAGAGAGAAGUUUGUCAACCUGCAGCAGGUGGCGCUGUGGGACGAGGUACUGACCUGCUUGGUGGGAAUACUCCUCUUCUUCUCCAUGAUUCGCCUCAUCCAGAUGUUACGCUUCAACAACAAAGUCAACAUGUUCUCCGGCACUCUCAAACAGACAGUCAAGCCUCUGCUCGCCUUCCUUAUCGUUUUCAUCAUAGUUUUCGUGUCAUUCGCUCAGUUUGCCUACGUGGUGUUUGGGCGGGUGGUGUGGAGCUACGCUACCUUCUUGUCAUGCCUUGAGAACCAGUUCACCAUGGUCAUGAUGAAGUUUGACUUCCACGAGGUGGCCCAGGUCAGCAUGGCCAUGGCUGUUCUGUAUUUCUUCUGCUUCGUCCUCGUCGUGGCGUUCACCCUCGUCAACAUGUUGCUUAGCAUUCUCAACGACACCUUCUCGUUUGUGAGGCAGGACACAACCUGUCUUGCUGAUGACCCUAUGAUGGUGGAUUACAUUAUCAACCAGCUGCUCAGCUACAUCCACAGCAACAAGAAAAACACAGAACAUCCAGGGAAACAGAAACUGAAGACUGAAGAUGUUACCAAAGAGAAGCCUGAACUGACGCCCAUUGAGAAAGUUGGAUAUUUACCUGAAAAAUUCUGAGGAAAAUCAAGAGUGUUAAAAUUGAUAUAACCACCUGUAGAACCCAAGUGUUUGUACUCCAAAUUACAUGACAAUGAAUUAGCUUGGGAAAAUUUCCUUAUUUAUCUUCAGAAACAUUAACAUUAGCUGAACUGUACCCUGUCUGAGGCACCUUUAGCAUUUCUGUGAUAAUAUUUGUACAUCCUUGUCCAGUUCUGUGAUAUGGAAGAAAUAACUUUUUCUUUUUUCUUGUUUUGACAAGAUUGUCUUUCUUCAGAGACAUGCAUUGGAAACAGUUCAAUAAA